AGCUGAACCAGUGUGUCUGUGUCAUGAAAUUUUGCAACCCUAACCGCGUCACUUAUUAUUUCGCUUUGCUCACAAUUUUGAGUUUUUAUUUUACCUCUUUGACGAUAAGAAUUCAUGUAUUUAAAAUUCUGGAUGUUGUGUGUUAGUAAUUAGUGUUUAUGAACAAUAUUUUCAGUGAAAUAUGGGAGAUAAGGAGCAAAGCCACUCCCACAAGAAUAAACAGAAUCGAAAGCCUCACGCCCAUGCCGUUAAGGAUCGCCAUUCCGCGAAGGACGUGAGAGUUAAUCUCCGUAAAGCAAAAUUUAAAUCGAGACGUCAAACGGAACCUGAAUCCGAAUUUUUUUCUGAGCCUGAAAGAAUAAAACCUCAACCUCUCAGAAAUCGGCUUUCUGACGACAAUAUAUCUGAUGUUGAGGAAAGUGGACAAGAUUUUGAGAGUCUUCUCAACACUCCAGUUUCCGAAGGGGGACAUUUUACCUUCAAAAGCGAAAAAGAUUGGAAUUUCAAUAUUUCUGAGUCUUCCCAACUUUUUUCGCUUGACUUGAGGCUUUUAAAUGCUGCAGUUAGUUGCAUUCCUUUCAACGAAUGCGUAGAAGUCGAGGAUACAUAUUUUAGUAAUGACCAACUCACUUAUAUGAGAAGUGACGCAGAAAGAGCAAAAGAAAAUUAUGAAAAGAUUGUUGAAGAGCUUUCAAAAGCCGAAAAACUGGACUAUUCUGGUGAUGAGUUGGAUACUGAAAUUGGAACAGAUUUUCGAAAGGAAGAGAAACAAAAAUCGGAAAGAAAAUUCGUAGAAAGUUCUGAAAUCCAGAGCCUUGAGAAAGAUUUAGAUUUUCUUUUAUCAUUAAAAGAACCGAUGACUAGACCAAUGGCAAUUCCGCAAAUCGCUUCUACUGCAAAAAUUCAAGAGUCAAAAAGUGAAUCCACAUCAGCACCGAUAAAAUCGAUAGACCUUGAAAAGUGGCUCGAAUCUGUUUUAGAUAUCUAGUUUUUUUUUACAAUAUCGUAUACAAAUUUUUAUGAAUUUGACUUUGGACUGCGAAAAGGAAUAAGAUUUGAAUAUUCUAUAAAGAAGGCAGUGUAUUUGUUGUUUUUUGUAACGUAAUACAAAAAAAAAAAGAAAUUAAAAAGAGAUUCUGCAACCUUUGUCACAAAUGGAUAAAAAUACUAAUUCUUGAAUUUAACUGUCAGGUAAGCAUGCAUAUAGUCAUAAACUACGAGCAUGAUUGCUCCUCCUGGACCCAAUCUCAACACCUUUGGAACUAAUCCCUUGUAGAGUGCUCUGAAACUAAAUUUAUUAAAUUACAUCUUUUUUUUGUGUGUA